AUGUCUAUAGGCCCUAAGAAAGCGAACUCAUUAGCGAAGCCAGGACGUUUCAACACGAAGGAGAUUCGACGCCUAACGCAGCGGUCUCCUAAAAGGGAGAUUACUCGCGACGCUUUGUUGAAAGUCCGGAAGCCCGACCAGUACCGAUAUGAUAAGGCGACAUUCGAGGGUUACGUAGAACAAAUGUUAAAGAUGUUCGACUCCGCGCGUCCGGUAAUAGACGAGCCGCCUAGGAGAGCCCUCGUAGCUAAUGAUUCCGAUAAGCCUGUUAAAAGAUGUGAGAUCCCGCGAAAGCAAGAGUAUAAUUAA